CCGGUUCUCAUCUGCUGCCUUGGCUUGACUGCUCCUGUGGCCAAAUCUCAUUAUGACAGUCUCUGUGGUCGUCACUCUUCCCACCCAUACCGCUCCGUCCUAUGGGCAACGGAUUCACGGGAGACCGUCCUCCAUCACGGGCGUCGAAGAGUUCAGAGGAAUCCCUUAUGGUAUUGUACCAGCAAGAUGGCAGCAUGCUCAGCUCCGUGAUCGAUUGCCACAGGAUACUUUCGAUGCGACACGCAAUGGUCCCCGUUGUCCACAACCGCAGGAGCCUAACAACAGCGACUUCUUUCAAUCGCAUCUUGACUUCCCGACCGAUGUCGAGGAGUCCGAAUUCGAGUGCCUGAACCUGUUCAUCACGAGGCCGAGCCCGGACAUCCUCAACGCUGCCGGUUUCGAUUCUGACAAUUCAGGGUUGCCUGUCUAUGUAUACAUCCAUGGAGGAGCAUACGGCUUCGGCGCAGGAACAGAUCCUAUGUGGGACCCUGCACGCCUUGUCAAAAAGUCCGUAUCGCUGGGCACGCCAAUCAUCGUGGCCACGGUCAAUUACCGACUGAACAUGUUUGGAUUUGCCGCUUCUACGGAGAUCAUAGAGACUCAGCCAGAAGACAAGAAGGGUUGCAAUCUUGGGCUUGGAGAUCAGAGAGUUGCGCUUCAAUGGGUGCAGCAGAACAUUGCGGCAUUUGGAGGCGACCCACGUCGAGUCACCGUGGGUGGGCAGUCGGCAGGUGGAAGCUCAUCUCAUGCCCAUGUUCUCGAGGCAGUGUUGGGAAAAAGCCAGCCCUUGUGUCAGCAGGGAAUCAUACAGUCUGGAGCUGUAGGGGUGCUGGGCCCAAUCCCCAUGGAAGCCGCUGAUGCUCGGUGGGCCACUUUCUGCAAGGCGUUGGGCGCUCCCACUGGAGAUUCGGAGGCACGUAUGGCUUUCAUGCGGACAGUACCAGUCGCAGACAUUCUGCGUGCAAAUGCAAUCUUAGGAUGGUUCGUCUUCCCCUUGGUAAUAGAUGAUUUGACCAUUUCCCAGAGACCGAAUGGUCGCUGGAAUGUUCACCUCGACCAUAAUGACCUAGAGAAACUGUCAGAUCAUUCAGCGAGUCAUGAUCAGCAGCCUAUAGCUGUUCUGGUUGGCGAUACAGAUCUUGAGGGCACAUUGCACCAGUUUUCGGUCAGCCAACUCGAGAGCUUCGAAGAGAUUCACCGUAAAUCAGCGGCCGAGGUUUCCGAAGCAUUUCGCAAAGAGUUCUACACGGCAUAUCAUUUGCGACCAGGCAUUAGCAAAGAGAACCUGCAAAACCAAGUAUAUCGUUUCUUAUCGGACAUCCAAUUUGGAUAUCCUGUGCAGCGCUGCCGAGAAGAGCUGAUGAGCUGGGAAGUUGCAACAAGCAGUACUCUUGAUGAUGCCUUGACUCCCCGGCCAACCAAGGUAGAAUCAUUCCGCAUGGCGGUCGGCAAUCCGUUCCCUGGAAUUAAUCAUGGCAAAGCCCACCACUGCGUAGAUCUCAUCUACAUUUACGACUGCUUCGCAGAAGCACUGCGCGAGUCCGAUCGAAUGUUACCUGAAGGGACAGUGCCCAAUGCCAGUCUAGUCGAUCGAGUUCAGACUGACUGGAUCAAUUUCAUCACUGGAUCACAGUCGGCCAACUAUCAACCGGGUCUAGCCACCGUGUACCACCCAGACCGAACAGCGACCAAAGUUGAGAUGGCAUUAGAUGAAGACUGGGUCGACAGGAUGUCGCGGCUAAGCCUCAUCGACCGAUACCCAAGGGAGACCAAGCAUAUUGCAAACAUUCUGAGUGGCGGAGGACAUCUUUUCUAGACCCAAUUGUUGUUGCAGAUAGAUUUCGACGCUGGGACGAUCAAGACUGGCCCCAGAAGAUAUCCAGAGAUUCCAGUGCAGACAUUCCAUCCAUGUCAAAUUUCAAACCCACACCAAGCGCUUUCAUCUUAGAGAAAAUUGCGCUUGUCCCUCAUUUGCGCUUAGGAAGAGAGAAGUAGUGCGUCCGGUCUCUUCUGCUUAAGGUCCUCCAUGUGCCCAUAGGCCGGUAAAUCCCGGAGUCCAGCGGUAACGAAGCAUUUCGGGAUCAAGAUUACUCUGCAGCUCUUCCAGUGGCGAAGUAUCACCAUGGCCAUCCUGAGCUUGAUCUGGUGAGUGUUGCUUCAUGUUGUAGCUUAGAGCUUUCCGCAGAAGCUUGGCAAAUGUCCGCUGAUAAUCCAUAUUGGUAGCCAGGACAAAUUGAUCCAAGACCUGAAGAUUGAUCGCACAAUUGCGCAGAAUCAGUUUG